AUGGAUACUUGUCUGCACGAAUUUUCACAUGAGAAUUCAAAGAAUAAGCAGUGGAACUGGUUGCAGGUCUAUGAAGGCGACGAGCACAAACCAAAAAUCGUAAUACAUCCAGCAAAUGAGGCCGAAGACGAUAUGUUACCUGCACAGUCAACUAUGCCGAGGACACCGCGACCACCCAGUACGCCUCGUCCCCCACGGAAACAGUUCACCUAA